AUGGCUAAUGUAAUCAAAUUUCAAUUAAGAGUGACCACACACUCCGAAAUAGCGUUUGACAAAAUGUUGCGCCCACUCAAUGGGUUUGGCGAUAAAGAGUACCCACUUGCUAAUACUACUGAACUAUUACAGCUAAAUUGUCAAAGCCUGAUAGGAGCAUGUGCACACGAGCAUUUCUUAAAAUAUUUAAAUGGUGACUACGGCAAUGUCAAAAAAGGCCCCUUGGUCAACCAGUUUACUGACCAAUACGCUAGAUAUAUAACUACCGGGUGGGUCACGCUGUGUACUAAUAUAAUGGGUGAGACUAAAGUUGAAAAAUACAUACAACUUCGCAAAGAAAUACACGACGUAAACUAUAAGCUAGAACCUGCGCGCGAAGGAUUAACCAAGGCACUAUUGAACGUAUCUGAUCCGGGAACUAAAUACAGAAUCAAUGAUGUCACAUGGUGA